CACGCGGCGCCACUCGCCAGCUGCGGUGCCGCGCGGCACGUGGAGCGUGGGGCCGAGCGGGGCCGAGCCCGACCGAAAGCGGCCGAGGUGAGACGAGCCGGAGCGGAGCGAGCGGGCCCGAAGGGAUCCGAGCGCAGCUGCCGCAAUGCCCAAGGCGCGGGCCGGGAAGCGGCCGGAGCGCCGGGAGGGCCGCGCCGGCGGCAUCCUCUUCAACACCGGGGCCGGGCAGCACAUCCUGAAGAACCCCCUCGUGGUGAACAGCAUCAUCGACAAGGCUGCCCUGCGCCGCACGGAUGUCAUUCUGGAAGUGGGCCCGGGAACUGGAAACCUGACAGUAAAGAUGCUGGAGAAAGUGAAAAAAGUUAUUGCAUGUGAAAUUGACCCUAGACUUGUUGGUGAGCUUCAGAAGAGAGUCCAGGGCACGUGUCUAGCAAACAAACUUGAAAUCAAGGUUGGAGAUAUCUUGAAAACAGAUUUACCAUUCUUUGAUGCAUGCGUGGCUAACUUACCUUACCAGAUUUCUUCACCUUUUGUUUUCAAAUUAUUGCUUCAUCGACCUUUUUUCAGGUGUGCAAUCCUUAUGUUUCAAAGGGAAUUUGCACUUCGUUUGGUUGCAAAACCAGGAAGCAAACUGUACUGCAGACUCUCUAUUAAUACUCAGUUAUUGGCUCGAGUGGACCAUCUGAUGAAGGUUGGAAAGAACAACUUCAGGCCUCCUCCCAAAGUCGAAUCCAGUGUUGUCAGAAUAGAGCCAAAGAACCCCCCACCACCUAUCAACUUCCAGGAGUGGGAUGGUCUGGUAAGGAUAGCCUUUGUUAGGAAAAACAAGACACUCUCUGCAGCAUUUAAAUCAAGUGCAGUAGAGCAGUUGCUGGAUCAUAAUUACCGAGUUCAUUGUUCCUUACAUAAUACAGAAAUCCCUGAAAACUUCAAAAUUGCAGAGAAAAUACAGACAGUUCUAAAAGAUACGGGUUACUCUGAAAAACGAGCCCGUUCAAUGGAUAUAGAUGAUUUCAUUCGAUUGCUACAUGGCUUCAAUUCAGAAGGCAUCCAUUUUUCAUAGAUACUCCUACAAGAAUGAAAGAUGCUGUAUUUUUUCACCAAAGUUUUACCCGAGCCAGAGUGAGUGCAGUGGGACAAGCUCCUCAUAAAAGCAAUGAAGAGAAUACAGUGCGUAUGCUUGGACUCAAAAUAAAAUGUUAGAUGUGAUUUUAUCUCAGACAGUAGGCAAGAAGCUGCUGCUCAGUAUUUUAAAAGCAGUAAAUUCACAGCUGAAGCGAGGUGCUGGGCUGCCUCAUGACUGUGUUUUCCUAUAUAUCUCCAAAACAUGGAUUGAUGAUAAUUGAAAUCUAUGUUCUCCAAUGAUGGACUUCAUCUCAGUAUAUUCCUGUACAAUACUCAACAGUACAUCCCAUAAUGGGUCUGGACAACAAAAGGAAAGUUGUAGUAAUUCCUUUUUUUGGUAUCAAUCAUUGGUGUGUUUGUUUUAAAGUGUAUUUAAACACUGCCUUUUGAUUUGAGAUGCCUGUCUCUCAUCCUUCUGAUAAAUACCUGCACUCCAAGCUUGUUAGUAAUCUGCUUCUCUUAGAGAACCCCAGUGAGAAAACAAAAGAAUUUACCUUGUGGGCUUGAUGUCAUUUACAUUAUUGCCUUUACCCUUUCCUCCACUGUAGGAACUGGGAAAAAACCUACCAGUGGGCCAGGGCUUAUAAACACAGACAGCAGGGUUGGGUUUUUUCUUAACUAAAUUCAAGUAGCUAUUUUUUAAGGUAACUCCUUCACUGUUAAUGCAGGAAAAAGUUUUAGCACAGAUCAUAGCUUUCAGUGGAAUUUAGAGCAGUACAUGCAAAUUAGCAAAACCUCCUCUAAGAAAAACUUUAUUUAUACACAUCAUUGAAUCAUUAAGGUUGGAAAAGAUGUCCUGAGUCCAGCUAGCAGCCCCAUUGACAUCCCAUCGGUUUUUUUAAAAAGUAAUUGAUUAAGAAGCAUGUAUAGAAAUAGGCACUCAAAUUUACAGACAUCCUGAAGCAUUGACUUCAAAAACUGAAUUGCACAUUUAUUUCACAAUUUAAUAACUCAUCAAUUCUAGUGCUGCUUCACUUCAUGCAGAACCAAAUGAUGAGUUAGGUAGAUAGCCACAAAGAAUAUUGUUGGACUGAUACAGAAGGAACAACUGCAGAAGAUACGUGUCACACUUCCUUAAUGCUUUUGUUUUACUAGAGAGGAAUAGAGUAUAAGCUUGUUUGAAUCCUAUUCAAGUAAUUUCAGACAAUGGCAAUGAGCUGCAGAAAUUCAAGUACCACAGCCAGCCCUAUCAAUUUUUCUUUAUUCUAACUGCUUCAGUAUCAGGUGUAGAUCUGACUUAUAGCAGGCUCUGGUACAAAGACUGGCAGUAGACAGUUUCAGCUAGCAUGUGCUACUUGACAGGACACGUGUAAUUUAGAGGGCUUUGUAAAAAGGUGCUGUCCUUUUGGGACCCACAGUAGGCCAUAGCCUGGUCGUGGGGCUAAGCUUGCGUGGACAGGUAGUAUGGAAGCCACUGUUACUCCUGUGGGAUGCCUCUGUCUUCAGAAGCUUUUUAGAAAGUAAGAAUUGUCUAGAGCAGCUUCAGAGAAAACCUCUGAUACCAUAUGAUAAGCUGUACUAUCACCUGCUAACAGAAGCUAUUGCCUUCUAUUCCAUUGGUUUUUUUUCCUUUUAGUUGUGAUGGGUGAUGAUCUUAAAAAAAUAUUCAGAAAGAGGUGUGAUUUUUUUUAAGAUCUGCUGCAAAAUUAAAGUCAGGACAAUGGUCUGGGGAACUUCCAUGUAACGAACUUGUAUAGAAGAGUUAGCUUUAUUUUUAAAGCAGAGGCCUUUUCAAAAAUGCAACUGAUGUACUUACAAAUUGAAACCAUUCCCAAAGCAUAACAGAAAUUCUCAGAUGUAAUUCAUUUAAUAGCUUAAUUUAUUAAACACAUUAUGUAAAAUCUA